AGUAAGCAAACCCCGCUCCCCGCCGCGACGCCGCCGGGCCCGCGCGAGGGGGGGCCCCUGCCCACCAUGGGGUGCGCGCACGCCGGCGCUGCGGGCGCCAGCGGCGCGCUGCCCCCGGCGGAGCUGCACCCGUGGUCCGUGGAGAGCGGGUCGGCGUCCAGCUCGUGGGACGCCGCGCCUGACGAGGAGGAGGUCCGCGUGUUUUACGAGAUCGCCGUGGACAGGAGGACGAGGCGCGAUCGCCAGGGCUCCGACGACAGCGCCGGGGAGCUGGACGCCGUGGGGCCGCGCAAGUCCUUGGCGAUCGGCAAGAUGAAGUCCAUGAAGGCGCUCAUGGGCCACGCGUUGACGAAGCGGCCCCGGGCGAAGUCGCUGGUGUCCCGAGGCUCCAGGUGCCGCAGCGUCACGAAUGGGUCGAUCCUGUCGGAGGGCGACGAGCAGCACCCGCCCAAAGACUACUUCCUGACUGCGGACCAGCUGGCCGGCCUCGCCGAGGACCUCGGGUUCCAGGACCUGGGGCGUGAUGAGAUCGCCAGGAUCUACGGCGGCAUGCCCAAGGACGAGAACGGGAAGGUGGGCAAGGAGCAGUUUGCGGCCGCGGUGCGGGCCGGGCCCGCGGCGCCCGCGCUGCGGCUGCUGGUGCAGAAGCUGCACAGGGGCUUCGCGUACGGCUUCAGCACGCCCGAGGACUACGACUUCUCGAGGCCGUCCAGCCACAACUACAGGGCCGAGGGCAGGGAGUUCACCGACGAGUUCGCGGACCUGAGGAGAAACAUCGACUACUCCUACCAUAACAACUACACGCUGGAGAGGCAGCGGUGGCAGGACGAGGUGAUCAAGAGCACGGUGGUGCGCUGCUCCGAGCAGCCGGCCCCCUGGCUGGUGUUCACCUGCGGGCCCAUGGGCGUCGGAAAGGGCUACUGCAUGAACUGGAUGUCAAAGCACGGGUUCUUCCCGCUGGAGAACAUCGUCCACGUGGACCCUGACGCCUUCAAGCUGAUGAUGCCAGAGUGGCCCAGGUACGUGAAGCAGAGCGGGGAGGAGGCUGGGACGCUCUGCCACAUGGAGUCCUCCUUCAUGAUGGAGAUUGCGCAGUGGGCUGCCAUGCAGAGGCGCCAGAACAUCUGGAUAGAUGGCUCUCUGCGGAACGCGAGCUUUUACGCACAGGUCUUCGAGGACAUCCGGACGCGCUACCCGCACUACAAAAUAUCCAUCAUGUAUAUCUACGCGGACGAGUCGGCCAUCCGUCAGCGGAUCAAGGUCCGCGCGGAACGGACCGGCCGCAGCGUGCCGGAGAGCCUCGUGCAGGCCUCGCUGGGGGCCAUGGACAAGGCGCUGAAUAAGUUGACUCCCCUGUGCGACUUCGUCGCUCGCAUCAACAACUCCGGGGAGAUCCCGGUGCUCACGGCCUUCGAGACGGUGGACACCAAGGCGGGCCUUGAGCUGCGCAGCGACUCGCGGCUGUGCGCGCAGUACGUCCAGGGCGAGGCCGUCCCCGGCGGCCUGGAGGGGCUCGUGAAUACCAUGAGCGAGAUGGCCUGGUUCUUCUCGGAGUCGACGUACCAGCACGAGCGCGACAACAUCCUCCAGGACCUCGCGCAGCGCGCGCGGGACGACGCGAGGGCGGCGUUCCUCGCGGGGGAGGAUUCCUCCGUCGACGUUGACAGCUACCUGGACCGUCCCAGCGGCCCGCAGCUGUCCGAGCUCGCCAAGGGCCGCGCCCUGGCCGCGCACGCGAGGUGGCUGCUGAACGGACCAGCGCACGGCCUGGCCGACCCCCUGGCCGCGUCCGCCUCGGAGGGCCUUGGCGCGGUCUGGGCCGGAGUGCCGGAGACGCUGCGCCCGCGCCUCAGGUCGAGAGGGUCGAGACCCUGAGAUCCUGGCGUUGCAGUUCUUUUGCACCGGGCGUUUUGGCUCGACGUGGGGCCCUGCUGGGGCCCUCACAGAUCGAUCCGGCUCCAAGAAUGCCGCAGAAAGACGGGGUCCGGGGCUCUGGUCGUGAUUAUUUCCGAUGUUGCAUUUCUUUCUGCAGUGUCGGAUCUCAGGGGAUGUGGACGGAGAGGGUUUCUGGGGGACGGGGUCCACCAGCAGUUCCUGCCCAUCCUGGGCAGGGCUCGCCGUCGGUGUCGUUGCGGUCGUUGUCCGCUUGGGAGGAGACGUCGCCGCAGGAUCAGCGGCCUCUGUAGGUUCGGGGCAGCACCUGCUGUCGGGUAUCGCCCCCGCUGUUCUUGUCCGUCCCCGCUUCUCGCGCGUGCCGAUCAGGGAGAUGUGCGGGCGGCUCGCGCGCGGGGAGGAGCCCUUGCUGCCGGACGGCCUCGGGCGGCACGCCGACGGCGCGUCUCCAGGGGAGGAGGCGGACGAGGAGGCAGCCGCGCGGCGCGCGCGCCUGCGUUCUCGCGCAGCGCGGGUGCGGACGGAGCUGGAGGUGGCCACUGCGCCCCACGUGGAAGCGAUCCGGCUGUUCGCGCGCGACAGCGAGAGCCCAGGCGAUGCCGAGAUCAUCUUUCCACCCACACUGACGCCAGAUCAGAGGGGCUUUCUGCACCAGCUGGCGGAGCAGCUCGGGCUGCUCCACGAGAGCGUCGGUGAGGGCUCGGAGCGGUCACUGGUGGUCCGCAAGUUCUCCCUGGACCUGGACGAAUGGGUGGUGCUCCCAGGCCUCUCGCCGUGACGGGUCACCCCUAGUGUGCGGUGUUCUGGUUGUAGCAGGCCCUCCCUCCCGCUGCCGUAGGUCGUUCCAGUUUCGCACCCAUCUCUUCUCAUGCCACGAACGGUAUCGAUCUCCUUCUUGUCGUACAAGCGCAUGCUAGCCACCUGCCCAUUCGCACUGAUCCGAGAAUGAUCAUGGCCCACCCUUUUCGUCUCUGCCAACAGAAGAACGCAACGUGAUUGCGUGGCGCCAGCGCAUGGCCCAGAUUCUGCCCGC